AUGAUAGAGCUUACGGUGCCUUGGGAAACCAACAUCCCCAAAGACCAUGCCACCAAGGUCAAUAAGUAUUACGAGCUCACUAACGAACUAACUCGAAAUAGGUUCGUCGUUGAUUUGUACGCGGUAGAGGUGGGAGCGAGAGGUAUAACAGCUAAAUCUCUCUAUAACCUACUAAAAGACUUGGGCCUGUCCAGAACUAACAUUAAUUCAUUCUUAGAACGUACGUCGAAGGCAGCCCUAGUAGGUUCUUUUCAAAUUUGGUUAGGUAGGGAGAGGAACUUGGACAGUGGAGCGCGACAAUCGUUGGUAAGUUCUUCAAUUAUCACUUCGGAUAGAGUUGACCCUCACGUAUCCCAUGGUGAACCAUUAACUGGAAACCACCAGGAGUCCAUUAACAUCCGGACACGUCUUAGCAUUCCUAACAUGAAACAAUCGACUUGGAAAGUUCACGACGACAAUUUAGCGGUCCUGUUAGAGCAUCCGGGCUCGAAGCAGGAAUUGAACUCGCAGAUAAAAAUGAGGAAGAAAAAACGGGAAUUAAUAAAAAAUCUACGUAUAGCCAAAGCUCUAGGCGACAACCACCUUAGUCAUCAGCUAGCUAGGGCGUUAAGGUCAAUCCUUAAAUUAAUUCAAGGAAUAUCGGCACAAACUGCAGAAUAUCGCGGUAAUUUUGACCGGGCCAAACAGGAAGUAGAUUUUGAUAAAAACCCUUUUGAGUAUUCGAAAACCAUUUUUAAGAAAGAACGCGGACAGCUUCUCUUGACCAACGAUCAAAUUUACGACCAUUUCAAGAGCACAUACGAAGUGCCUAAAAGUGUAAGGCUCUAUACGGAUCCAAACGAACAAAAACCGGAAAUUCCUCAUAUCGAUUUUCACGGCAUACCACCAACGUUAGACGAAAUAAGUAGUCACAUAAAGAGGAAAUCAUCUAAAUCUGCACCGGGCCCCGAUGGUAUCCCAUAUAUAGUCUUUAAAAAAUGUCCAUCGGUUCGUAAACACCUCAUAAAUAUAUACGGCAAAAUCUGGUCAAGGAAGCAAAUCCCGGAGUGUUUCGGGAAAGCAAUUUUUGUCCUCAUUCCCAAAAAAGAUCGAGUUACCGAUCCGAGGGAUACUAGACCGAUAGCCUUAACAAAUACAAUUUCUAAAAUCUUUUUCUCGGUCCUACAAACGAGAAUGACGCGAUUCAUGCUCAGCAACAAGUAUUUUAGGCCAAAUCACCAGAAAGGGUUUCUACCCGGGAUUUCUGGAUGCCUAGAACACAACACCUUGCUGUCGGAGAGUUUGAAAGAUGCUAGAAAAAGCGAGCGGCAAAUUACAGUUUGUUGGAUAGACUUAGAGAACGCGUUCGGGUCGAUACAACACGAGUUGAUGCUAUUCGCGCUUAGAUGGUACAACUUUCCACCCCUAGUUAGAGAUAUGAUCGCGUCGUAUUACUCAAAAUUAAGGUUUUCUAUAAUAACUAAAGAAGGCCCUUCAAAAAGUUUGAGUUAUAAUGUAGGACUGUUUCAAGGUUGUUGUCUAUCUCCAAUUACGUUUAAUAUCGUUAUUAACAUCUUAGUAGACAAAUUAAUCUGUAACGAGAAAAAAUGGGGUUAUCGGUUUAAGUUUAAUAAUAAAUACACGGAAUCCAUUUUAGCCUUCGCUGACGAUCUCGCAAUACUGACACGUCACCCCAAACACUGUCAAGUACUAUUGGAUGAAGUGGAUAAAUUCUGUGAGUGGACGGAUGGAUUGAGGACAAAACCAAGUAAAUGUCACUGUUUGUGUCUUGGUAGGCGGAAUACAAGAUACACCUCAUACGAUCCGGGACUAUCGAUAGGCGGUCAAUGCGUUUCUACGGUUACGGAAGAUGCACCAUUCAAGUUUCUCGGUCGUAAGAUUGAUAAUAUAGGUCGUACUCCAUCUUUAGAAGGAAUAGUAGAUAGCUUUUUAAAUGAUCUUAACAAGGUAGAUAGCCAGCAGAUCAGUAACGUAAAAAAAAGCAUGGAUCUACGAUAA